AUGAAGGGUCUCUCAAUUGUACGUAGCGUUGCUCUGGUGAAACCCAGAAGAAUCUUUUGCGGCUCCAUAUUGCUACAUCUGCUCAUGGCACGGGAAUGCUGCAAGUUGCCGAGAUGGCGAUUCAGCGGUGUGAUCGAAUAUGGUAUCCGCAGGCUUCCACACGGGUCCAAAGUGGUAUAG